AUGGCCAUGCAGUUGGCCCAGCAGGUGCCAUUUGUUUGGGCAUCACAGUUUCCACAAGCUUCAAAAGCAAUGCAGGAGCGUAACACUGCCAAAAGAGCACACAGCCCAGGCUUGGAAGGGAAUAGUGAUCAGAACCUGAAUCAGAGAGAGGUUGGAGAUUUAUGUAAGAUCACACAGCUGGUGGUGCUGGAAGUAAACAGCGAAUUUAUCGUUGAGGUGAAAGAAUUAGACAUUGAAAAUGGCACUACAAAAUGGCAGACGGUCAGAAGACAAAAGCGGGAGUGGAUCAAGUUUGCGGCUGCCUGUCGAGAAGGAGAGGACAACUCCAAGAGGAAUCCGAUUGCCAGAAUUCGAUCAGACUGUGAAGCGAACCAAAAGAUUACAUACCGCAUCUCUGGGGUAGGAAUUGAUCGACCACCUUACGGAGUGUUCACCAUUAAUCCGCGGACUGGGGAAAUUAACAUCACGUCGGUGGUGGACAGAGAGAUAACUCCACUUUUUUUGAUCUAUUGCCGGGCUCUGAAUUCACGGGGUGAAGAUUUAGAAAGACCUCUUGAGCUUAGGGUCAAGGUUAUGGACAUAAAUGAUAACCCUCCAGUUUUUACACAGAAUGUGUACACAGCCAGCAUUGAAGAAAACAGUGACGCAAACACACUGGUUGUAAAGUUAAGUGCCACAGAUGCAGAUGAAGACAAUCAUCUGAAUUCUAAAAUAGCCUAUAAGAUCAUCUCUCAGGAGCCAGCAGGUGCACCAAUGUUCAUCCUGAACAGGUACACUGGAGAAGUCUGCACGAUGUCCAGUUUCCUUGACAGAGAGCAACACAGUAUGUAUAACCUCCUCGUGAGGGGCUCAGAUCGAGACGGAGCGGCAGAUGGACUGUCUUCUGAGUGCGACUGUAGAAUCAAGGUUUUAGAUGUCAACGAUAAUUUCCCCACCUUGGAGAAAACUUCUUAUUCAGCAAGUAUUGAAGAGAACUGUCUAAAUUCAGAACUGAUACGAUUACAAGCAAUUGAUCUCGAUGAAGAAGGCACCGAUAAUUGGUUGGCAAAAUUUUUAAUUCUCUCCGGAAAUGAUGGGAAUUGGUUUGAUAUUCAAACAGACCCACAAACCAAUGAGGGCAUUUUGAAAGUUGUCAAGAUGCUGGAUUACGAACAAACGCCUAAUAUUCAUCUUGGUAUUGGAGUGAAAAACCAAGCUGAGUUUCACCACUCAGUUGCCUCUCGAUUCCAAAUGCACUCAACGCCUGUAAGAAUUCAGGUUGUUAAUGUGAGAGAAGGACCCACAUUUCAUCCAAAUUCUAGGACCUUCAGUAUACGAGAAGGAAUAAGAGGGAAUUCCUUAUUGAAUUAUGUGCUUGGCACCUAUACGGCUACAGAUUUGGACACAGGAAACCCUGCCACAAAUGUCAGGUAUAUCAUAGGACAUGAUGCAGGCAGCUGGUUAAAAGUAGAUUCAAGGACUGGUGAGAUACAAUUUUCUAGGGAAUUUGAUAAGAAGUCAAAAUAUAUUACCAAUGGGAUAUACACAGCAGAAAUCCUCGCUAUAGACGAUGGCUCUAGGAGAACGGCCACAGGAACCAUAUGUAUCGAAGUUCCUGAUGUCACUGAUUACUGUCCAGUUGUUUUAGCUGAAAGUCAUUACAUAUGUAUUGCCUCUCCAUCAACACUUAUCUCUGCAAGAGACGUUGGUGAUCAUUCUUAUGGGUCUCCCUAUACCUUCUGUGUUGUUGAUCAGCCACCGGGGACCGCUGACAUGUGGGAUAUGGAACCAGUAAAUGGUACCUCUGCAAUCUUGACGGCUGUGCAGCCUUUAGACCAGAUUGUUUACCAAAUCCCAAUCAUUGUGAAGGACAGCUAUCACCGGACGUGUGAAUUGCCACAGAUCGUAGCGUUAGAGGCCUGUGACUGCGACAACAACCACAUGUGCUUGUAUCCUAGCACAACAGGCGUCGACGUGGGGGACGGGAGCUCAGCUACCAGUGACAUAGAUGGCACUAUCACUGAUGAACAGGCUGGGGGUUCAAAUGUUGGUCUCGGACCGACAGGGAUGGGCAUGAUCGCUAUGGGACUCCUACUACUACUUUUGUCUCCACUCUUGCUGCUCAUGUGUUGCUGCUGCAAACGAAGACAGCCCGAAGGCCUGGGGACGAGGUUUGCUCCUGUGCCAGAAGGGGGGGAAGGAGUGAUGCAGUCUUGGAGGAUAGAGGGGGCCCAUCCAGAGGACAGGGAUGUGUCAAAUAUAUGCGUACCCAUGACAGCCUCUAAUACCCAGGAUCGUAUAGAUUCUUCCGAAAUCUACACUAACACCUACGCGGGCGGAGGAACGGUGGAAGGGGGUGUGUCCGGAGUGGAACUCAACACGGGACUGGGGACCGCCGCUGGCCUGGCCGCGGGAGAAGCAGCAGGAGCUCGACGGAGGAGAAGUUCCACGAUAGGAACCCAGUGGGAAUACGCAGAUGCGGGGCUGAACAUGGCUUUCUUGGACAGCUAUUUCUCUGAGAAAGCAUAUGCUUAUGCAGAUGAAGACGAAGGUCGACCAGCAAACGACUGCUUGCUCAUUUAUGACCAUGAGGGAGUAGGGUCUCCCGUUGGCUCCAUUGGUUGCUGCAGUUGGAUUGUGGAUGAUUUAGAUGAAAGCUGCAUGGAAACUCUAGAUCCAAAAUUCAGGACUCUGGCUGAAAUCUGCUUAGACACAGAAAUUGAGCCAUUUCCUUCACAACAGGCCUGUAUACCUAUCAGUACUGACCUCCCUCUGCUGGGGCCCAAUUAUUUUGUUAAUGACUCUUCAGGAAUGACUCUCUCAGAGGCUGAAUUCCAGGCAGAAAUGGCAAUACCUGAACCCAUGAUCCAUGGGGAUAUUGUAGUGACCGAGACUUACACAACGGCUGACCAAUGCAUGCAACCCACCACAAUUGUUUUCGAUCCUCAACUCCCACCCAAUGUCGUAGUGACCGAAACAGUAAUGGCACCUGUCUAUGACGUUCAAGGGAAUAUCUGUGUACCUGCGGAGUUAGCCAACACACACAAUGUAAUCUAUACUGAGAGAGUGCUGUCUAGUCCUGGUAUGCCUGACAUGAGCAGUGGUAGCAUGACUGAUGGAUGUAUGGGACCUGUAAUGAGUGGUGGUAUUUUGGUGGCACCCGAAAUUCAAGUGACACAAAUGAUGAGUCCCAACAUUCACAUAAGCCAAACCACUGGUUCCACAUCCCCAAUGACAUCUCGACACAGAGUACGGUAUAGUAACAUACAUUACUCCCAACAGUAAGUGCUUUGGGC